CAUUCUCAAGAAAAGUUUUAUUAUAUGAACUAAUACACAACAAAUUUCAUUUUUACUUCGAGAACUAUAUAACCUAUUCUGCUGUCACACUGAUUUAAGAUCAAGUUAGUAUUUGCGUCUACCAAAACGCGUCGUUUCUGUGAGUGGAAUAGCACGUGGGUAAAAUAAGUUAAAAUGGAAGUUGAUGAUAGUAUAAAAGAAGGAGAAAGUGGAGAUGUUACGGAAAUUAGUUAUGAAGAAAAACUGCGGUAUACAAAUUCUAUAGCCAAACCCAUGGCUCCAAAAAAAUUAACCAAAAAAAUUUAUAAAUGUAUUAGGAAAGCCUCAAAACAUAAAUCUUAUCUGCGAAAUGGUUUAAAAGAUGUUCAAAAGCAUCUUCGUAAAGGAGAACAUGGAUUAAUAGUUUUUGCUGGAGAUGUAUUUCCACUGGAAAUCAUGUGCCACUUACCAAUUGUUUGCGAGGACAAGAACAUUCCAUAUUGUUAUACACCUUCAAGACUAGAUAUUGGUGCUGCUAUUGGUGUAAAAAGGGGCAGUCUUAUGGUACUUAUUAAAGAACAUGCAGAGUACAAAGAACUUUUUGAUGAAAUUAAGUCUUCAAUGAUAACAUUGUCAACACCAUUAUAA